CUUGUAGAUGGUUCAUCCGGCAGCCUUGGUUUCUGUGGCUGGCUCCUGGUUAUAAUUUCAUUUAUAUUCGUGGCCGCCACCGCCCCUAUUUCCAUUUGGUUGUGCAUAAAGAUUGUCAAGGAAUAUGAGCGGGCCAUCAUCUUCAGACUCGGACGUAUCCUCAAAGGAGGUGCAAAGGGGCCAGGGCUGUUUUUUGUGUUGCCUUGUACGGACAACAUCAUCAAAGUGGACAUGAGGACCAUCUCCUUUGAUAUUCCACCGCAGGAAAUUCUCACCAAGGAUUCCGUGACGGUGAACGUGGACGGGGUGGUCUACUACCGGGUGCAGAAUGCCACCCUCGCCGUCGCCAACAUCACCAACGCAGACUCAGCUACUCGGCUGCUGGCUCAGACGACGCUCAGGAACGUGCUGGGGACCAAAAACCUUUCUCAGAUCCUCUCCGACCGGGAGGAAAUCGCGCACAGCAUGCAAGUAAGCGAUUUUGGAGCUCAGACGGAAAGCUUUGGAUUAAAUCUUGAAUCCAUUUGUCUUCCGGACACUUUACUGGAUAUGGGACUUUUUGCUUUUUUUCCCUUCCAGGUCAUCGCUGCGGAGGGCGAAAUGAACGCUUCCCGGGCGCUGAAGGAAGCCUCGAUAGUCAUCUCGGAGUCUCCCGCCGCUCUCCAACUCCGCUAUCUGCAGACCCUCACCACUAUUGCAGCUGAGAAAAAUUCCACCAUCAUUUUCCCCCUGCCCAUAGACAUGCUGCAAGGGAUUAUGGCAAUGAGGCACUAACCAAGGCAGCCACGUUGGUAAAGGAGAGGAGAAGCUAGAUUAAAAGCAAAAGCCAGCCUUCGGCUAGGAGAGAAAUUGCAUCCUUUGUAGAGUUCAUAAGCAUUUUGCAUCUGCUGGAUCCUCUCUGUUGUCCCUCUGGAUAAAUAUAGACACCCCCCCCCCGUUUUGCUUCUCCCCGUUCUCUUCUUUUAAAGAGAUUUCUUUUAUAUAAAUACCGCUAUAAUUUUUA